UACCGCGAAACAGCUGUUGAAGUCAAAACGGGUUAAGAUGUUAGUCGCAUAAGCCGGGUUAACAUGGAGCCCGCGAUUAAACGUCAACGCAUAGUGCUGAGCUGUUUUCCUUCCUAGAAUUUGUUUCACAGAUGACACAGGACAAUGACGCGCACGAAGAUCCCGAUGAUAAAAUUUUUUGUAUUUCUGUUGAUCUUCCUACUCGCACAGAGCGCAGUAUGCAAUGGAAGUUUUAGGAUAAAUAGGAAAGCACCUGACUCCACGUCGAUAGACAAAAGUGAACAUGGAGCGGCCAAGAAAAUUAGCGCGCAAAAAGCCGAGCAACAAAAUACAGUGUUACCUAGCGGCACAGUAACAAUAUCUGAGGGCGAUAAAACUGUGAAUAAUAUAACCUCAAAGUCGUCGGUAGGUGUUAACAAAACUGUACAUUCUACAGAGCCACGGGAAGAGAAUGUGACUGAAGAACAUGUAACUACUUUAAACGCUGGUGCACUAAAACGUGGUCUUUAUGUGUUUGGGGUGCUAAGUGUUCUUGUUAUGGCCUAUAUCGUGUUCCGUAGUCUUAGGUUAAGUAAAACACGUGCCCAAAUGGUCAGAAAGUAUGGUAUCCUUGCACACAGACAAGAUGUCGAAAUGAGACCAUUACCAUUGGACGAGGAGGACGAUGAGGAUACUACUGUGUUUGAUGCCAGUAAUGUUCUUGCAAAUAAUGUUCAACGUCAGAAUUUAUAAAAAAACGAUCGGCAUAAAGUAUGCUGAUCGUAUCGCAACAUAAGUUCUCAUUAAUGCAACAACUUUUCUUGUGAUUGUGGUGUCUUUAAAGUAUGAAACUGCAUUGCAAAGACUUGGCAUACACGGUUUUUUUAGUAUUUUUUCAUAUAAAAUUGCUUGCUUGCAUAUGUCAAAUUGUAAUGUCAAGGAUGCAUUUAAUAAUGCACUCGUCUUAACAAGUUAUGCUUUCCAGCGAUAGAUGUACUUUGUGAAAAAGAAAAAUGAGAUGUUUUUGUGACAUGUCUCCGAUUCCUUAACAUAAGUAAGUGAUAAAAGAAAAACUUUAAAUACCUGUUAUUUACAAACGAAUAAAUGACGGGUAUCUAUAUCUACUAUU